UGCGGCAGUUCUUCAGAAUGAACUGGACCAAAUGAAACUUACUUAAAGUGGUUAUCGCGUUUCAGGCUGAUUUGUUCCCAGUAACUAUGUUUUGGAAAGCGGCUGUUAAUUCUCAGGCACAGGCAGGAAGGAACACCCCCUUAGGGUCCCCGUGUCGCUCCCCACAGUUAGAUUACCAAUGAAUUUCCUUGAUUCUAUGGAGACAGGAAGAUCCAGGAGCCAGUGACACAUCUAGCAACAGAGCCAGAUGAGAACCCAGGCAAGAAGCGCACGUUUAAACCUCAUUAUCUGGCUAAGUAUAAACCUCAGGGAGAAAACGGUUUUGUUUUUGUUUUUCUCAGUCUGUAAGCUAACGUUGAGCUGACUUUCAGAGUCCAGGCAAAUAUCUGUUUGGUGGGUCACCACCCAGAAAGGAAUUCUCCCAAGCACUGAAUCAAGGCUCUGUAUGUAAAGCAUAAAUCCCCUAAGAGAACUCCUCGCCCUCCUACACAGACACACUGGUGCAUGCACACACACCCCACUCUCUGCACAGAGAGCAUCUGAGCUAGGAGCUGGCAAGUGGGGCACCAGUCCUGUAGCAAAGAGGCACACCACAUGGGCGCGCGCGCGCGCACACACACACACACACACACACACACAGACACACACUCUUACACAGUUCUCCCUUGCUUGGGAAUCUGGGGUAAGAAUCCCCCACCCCCACCCCUGCCCUCCAAAGGUAUUGUGUAGGUGAGAGAAAGAGGGAGGAGUCAAAGAGAACACAGAGAGGGGCCAGAGGAGGUGCCAGCCCAAGAGCAGGGUCCCUCCUUGAGAAAUCCCUCUGCAGGAGCGUCUCCUGCCACCAGCCAGGUUGGAGGUGGAGUAGUUCAGAAUCAACUGACGCAGCCAGGAAUUGAGCUUUGCAAAGCCACUUGCAAGGAAGGGAAGCAUCUGUCCAACCCUCCCCCACCGCGCGCCCUGGAUCCUCUGCCUGCCCCCUCCCCUGUGACGUCACCCUAGUCCUGUCCCAGCGAGCCUGCAAAGCCUCUCAAAUUCAAACUGCUAGACGCACUGCUGCCGCCGCCACCGGAUUGGAAACGCGCGCCCAGGCUCCGCCGUCGCCUUCGUCCGGCGACCGGGCCAGCCGGCUCUGCGACCUCCCUACAGAAUCGCACCCCAGUCCCUCCCUGGCAGCUCGGCUUCCCUCCGCUCCAACUCCCUCCGCUCCAACUCUCCUCUUCCGCUCCUGCCUCCUGUCGGAUUUUUAAUUUCUGCACACCCCCAGUCAAAUUAAAUCAACCAACAAAAAGCAGAGCAUCCCCCCCUGGAAGCAGCGUCUUAUUGUACCUUGUUCUCCCUCUUCCUGAAGAUGCUAAACUCCUGGUGGACUGCAGAGGAGCGGGGUUCUGUCUUCUCCUGAUGUCCAUUACGAUUUCUGCUGGAAGCCCAAGACGGGCGAGCCGCCCGAGAUCUCUUCGAGAUAUCCCAGGGGAGGAGGAGAUGGGCAGGAUUUAGUAGGACAACUUGGUUACUAAUGACUUGGCGGCUGGCUGCGACCCCCCGGGAAAUCAGGUUUGCCUGCAGGUACCUGAGUUGACACCGAAGGUGCCUAAAGAUGCUGAGCGGCGUUUGGUUCCUCAGUGUGCUAACCGUGGCCGGGAUCUUACAGACGGAGAGUCGCAAAACUGCCAAAGACAUUUGCAAGAUCCGCUGUCUGUGCGAAGAGAAGGAAAACGUACUGAAUAUUAACUGUGAAAACAAAGGAUUUACAACAGUUAGCCUGCUCCAGCCCCCCCAGUAUAGAAUCUAUCAGCUUUUUCUCAAUGGAAACCUCUUGACAAGACUGUAUCCAAACGAAUUUGUCAAUUACUCCAACGCAGUGACUCUUCACCUAGGUAACAACGGGUUACAGGAGAUCCGAACGGGGGCAUUCAGUGGCCUGAAAACCCUCAAGAGACUGCAUCUUAACAACAACAAGCUCGAGGUAUUGAGGGAGGACACUUUCCUGGGCCUGGAGAGCCUGGAGUAUCUCCAGGCUGACUACAAUUACAUCAGUGCCAUCGAGGCUGGUGCAUUCAGCAAACUUAACAAGCUCAAAGUGCUCAUCCUCAAUGACAACCUUCUGCUUUCACUGCCCAGCAAUGUGUUCCGCUUUGUCCUGCUGACCCACUUAGACCUCAGGGGGAAUAGGCUAAAAGUAAUGCCUUUUGCUGGCGUCCUUGAACAUAUUGGAGGGAUCAUGGAGAUUCAGCUGGAGGAAAACCCCUGGAAUUGCACCUGUGACUUACUUCCUCUCAAGGCUUGGCUAGACACCAUAACUGUGUUUGUGGGAGAGAUUGUCUGCGAAACGCCCUUUAGGUUGCAUGGGAAAGAUGUGACCCAGCUGACCAGGCAAGACCUCUGUCCCAGAAAAAGUGCCAGUGAUUCCAGUCAGAGGGGCAGCCAUGCCGACACACACGUCCAAAGGCUGUCACCUACAAUGAAUCCUGCCCUCAGUCCAACCAGGGCUCCCAAAGCCAGCCGGCCACCCAAAAUGCGAAAUCGUCCAACUCCCCGGGUGACUGUGUCAAAGGACAGGCAAAGUUUUGGACCCAUCAUGGUGUACCAGACCAAGCCUCCUGUGCCUCUCACAUGUCCCAGCAGCUGCGUCUGCACUUCUCAGAGCUCAGACAACGGUCUGAAUGUAAACUGCCAAGAAAGGAAGUUCACUAAUAUCUCUGACCUGCAGCCCAAACCUACCAGUCCAAAGAAACUUUACCUAACAGGGAACUAUCUUCAAACUGUCUAUAAGAAUGACCUCUUAGAAUACGGUUCUUUGGACUUACUGCAUUUAGGAAACAACCGGAUUGCAGUCAUUCAGGAAGGUGCCUUUACAAACCUGACCAGUUUACGCAGACUUUAUCUGAAUGGCAAUUACCUUGAAGUGCUGUAUCCUUCUAUGUUUGAUGGACUGCAGAGCUUGCAAUAUCUCUAUUUAGAGUAUAAUGUCAUUAAGGAAAUUAAGCCUCUGACAUUUGAUGCUUUGAUUAACCUACAGCUACUGUUUCUGAAUAACAACCUUCUCCGGUCCUUACCUGAUAACAUCUUUGGGGGUACGGCCCUCACCAGGCUGAAUCUGAGAAACAAUCAUUUUUCUCACCUGCCUGUGAAAGGGGUCUUGGAUCAACUUCCAGCUUUCAUCCAGAUAGAUCUGCAAGAGAACCCAUGGGACUGUACGUGUGACAUCAUGGGGUUAAAAGAUUGGACAGAACAUGCCAAUUCCCCUGUCAUCAUUAAUGAGGUGACUUGUGAAUCUCCUGCUAAGCAUGCAGGGGAGAUACUAAAAUUUCUGGGGAGGGAGGCUAUCUGUCCGGAGAGUCCAAACUUGUCAGAUGGGACCAUUUUAUCAAUGAAUCACAAUACAGACACACCUCGGUCACUUAGUGUGUCUCCUAGUUCCUAUCCUGAACUACACACCGAAGUUCCACUUUCUGUCUUAAUUUUGGGAUUGCUUGUUGUUUUCAUCUUAUCCGUCUGUUUUGGGGCCGGCUUAUUCGUCUUUGUCUUGAAACGCCGAAAGGGAGUGCCAAGUGUUCGCAGGAAUACCAACAGCUUAGACGCAAGUUCCUUUCAAUUACAGUAUGGGUCUUACAACACUGAGACUCACGAUAAAACAGACGGCCAUGUCUACAACUAUAUCACCCCACCUGUGGGUCAGAUGUGCCAAAACCCCAUCUACAUGCAGAAGGAAGGAGACCCAGUAGCUUAUUACCGAAACCUGCAAGAGUUCAGCUAUAGCAACCUGGAGGAGAAAAAAGAAGAGCCAGCCACUCCUGCUUACACAAUAAGUGCCACUGAGCUGCUAGAAAAGCAGGCCACACCAAGAGAGCCUGAGCUGCUGUAUCAAAAUAUUGCUGAGCGAGUCAAGGAACUCCCCAGCGCAGGCCUAGUUCACUAUAACUUUUGUACCUUACCUAAACGGCAGUUUGCCCCUGCCUAUGAAUCUCGACGCCAAAACCAAGACAGAAUCAAUAAAACCGUUUUAUAUGGAACUCCCAGGAAAUGCUUUGUGGGGCAGUCAAAACCCAGCCACCCUUUACUGCAAGCUAAGCCGCAGUCAGAACCGGACUACCUCGAAGUUCUGGAAAAACAAACUGCAAUCAGUCAGCUGUGAAGGGAAAUCAUUUACAACCCUAAGACAUCACAGGAUGCUACUCCAAACUGUUGGAAACAAGGACAUUAGCUUUUGUGUUUGUUUGUGUUCUCCCUUUCCCAGUGUAAAUGGGGGACUUUGAAGAUGUUUGGGAGAUGGGGUGAAGUAAUGAUAUUGCUUUUGCAAGUUUUCCUUUAAAUUAUUUCUCUCUCGUUCUCCUCCCCUCCUUUUUUUUUCCUUCUCUUCUUAGGAACGAUCAGUGGACCUGAAUGUUUCUGUAAUGCAUUUCUUCAAAUAUUUUGUUUAUGGUUUUGUUUCUUUUUUCUUCUUUGUUUUUCGGUGUGGGAGUGGGAAGAGGAGAUUAUAGUGACUGAAGAAAGAAUAGGCAAACUUUGCAAAUGAAAAUGGAUAUUUAGUGUAUUUUGUAGAAGAUCUCCAAAGAUCUUUUGUGACUACAACUUCUUUUGUAAAUAAUGAUAUAUGGUAUUUCCAUCUUCAGUUACCAAGUAUAGCCACUGGGCCUCACUACUUUGUGUUAAAGUGCCUUCGCACUUUAAGUACAUUACUUAAAUGUUGCUUUUAGCUUUGAUAAAUUGAAACUAUUUUAAUGUGUUGUAUUUUUGAAAUUGAAAACACUGUAAAAUAGAUCGAUGUGUCAGCUAUAUUAAGUCAACGUGCAGUUUGCUUGAGUUAUAGAAACCAGCCUGUCAACAAAUGAUUCUAGUUCUAGGACUUUGUAGGCUUAACUAUACGAUAUUUCCUUUCCUCUGGGUUUAAGUGAUUUUAUUUAAGCCAACUAAGGGGAUUUAACAGUGGACUAGAGGUAAUAAGCCACCUCAGUCAGGAUUAAUAAUUCAUUAAUAAAAUAUAUUUAACCCAAUAUCAGAGUGAAUUGAGCAAUUAAUGCCCUUCCGUAAAUCAUUACUUUACACUAACAUGGUGAGUGUUUUAGAUUAUUUUCCUAAUUAAAAGGACAUGACACAGCUAGUAGUAUAUUUUUCUGCAUUGAUUAGAUAUUUUUAUAUAUUUAAAUGAAGAAGUCUGUAUUUCUAACUUUUUAAUUGAAAUUAAUAUUUUUUCUGCCUAUUGAAACAUUUUCUAUAAACACACACCAGUAGAGGCCGCCACACACCUCAUUUAACAAAGACAUAUGAGCCAUUAAAUACCUUGAAGGAAGACUUCAUGGGUGAGAUUAAAUCUUCCCAAGUAAGUUCUCUGCAAAAUUUAAGGUAGCAGAGAUAAAAACAUAUACAUUACUUUCUAUUUAUUUUAGAUCACAGGUUAGACUCAUAAUCCUUCUCAAUUUAACAUUUUCUGACAAGACAGCAUUUCCCUCUUGAGUUUAAUUGGAGCAUGCAUGGGGUGCUAUCAAAUCACGUACUAUUUGCAUCUCCAAAGCGAUUAACAGUUACCUAAACCAAGACAGGAAACAUUUUUUAUUUUUUUUCCUUCUGCCGUCUUGAGGCAUGUGUAACUUGGAGUUUUCCCUGUCAGCUUGAGCAAGAUUUUUGUUUUGGUCUUAGCAUUAAAAUGACUUUAAUUAGCCAAGUCUAUAUAACAUUUAUGAGCCUUAUUAGACUGUAAAUAAUUUUUAGAUGCAAACAUUAUUGUGUGAUUUAAACAAACAGCCCUUCUUUACAACAAAAAAUAGUUUUGUUUUGUCUAUUGUAAAUCCUUAUGCAACUGGGAUGGUGAUCUGCAUAUAAAGUAGUUCAGCUUUUCAAUUCCUUAUUAAAGCAAGUGAUGGUGUCUGAAAGAAGCACACUGUUUCCUUUUCAUAAAUAGGUUACUGCACAUAAUAAUCCUUUAUCAUCACGUGGAGAUUGAAGUGGAUCCUGAUAACUUACUUUUAAAGCUUUAAAAUUACUAAUAGCAUAUUGUCUGUCACUAUAAACAAUUCACGUGAUAGGCUUUCAGUUAGAAAUUUCUUAAAUCCAAAUUAUUUGGAUUAAUAAUUACUGGUGCAAAAUACUUGUUUGUAAAAGCAAUAGAAGGUAAUUGUGUAUAUAUAAUCAUGUAAAGGGCAUUCAAGAAGGAAAUACCUUUAACAACAUAAAAUCUCUGAAUAUCUACAGUGGCAAGCUAACAUGCUCAUUCUUUGGUAACAAGUGAUAAUUCCUAUUUUGGUCCAUUAGAAGGAAGUUGAAAAUGGUGGGCUGAAAUGAUCUACGAGAAAGUUAAUGUACAGAUAUUUUACAUUUCGCAGAAGAGAAGCUAGAAUAUUCUGCUAGUUGAAUUUGGAGAUGACUCCGGGAAACCGUUUCAUCUUUCAGUGAAGUAUUUAUAUAUAAAAGAGUUUCAAAAACCCUUUUCUGACUGCUCUCAUUUGAUGCAAUGAUACAUACAGAAUACAGAGGUAGGUAUUUUGGGAAGUGAUUAUGAAGGCAAAUUUGCAUAUAUGUCCUGUUAAGAACUUCUGGGGCUUAAAUUAUGUGACUAGAGCUCUUGAUGCAGUGAUUCCACUUAAGUGUUUAUUUUUAUGUUUCUGAAAGUAAACCCAUUCCUAUAAAAUGCCAUUGUCCAUAGAAAAAAAAAUAAUAACUCAUUAAGCUUAAAGAGAGAUGAUACCUUAAUAUUAAUUUACUUACAAGAUUUUAAUGAAGACUUCUAGAAGAACUAAAAUUUAUAAACUCUUUUGCCUAAUAAGUAUGGCUUAAUUCUAUAUCCUCUUGCUUGUUAGAUUUAUAUUUUAUUUGCAGUAGAUUUUUAAAUGUAAUUCUUUGAAUGUAGUCCAUACUAUUUUAUUUAAAAGCAUCAUACAACAUACCAUUCGAACCUUUAUUUCCUAAUGCAAUCAUAAACACUUUAAUUUUUAUUAACUCACUAGCAUUCCCACUGACUAUAUUCUGUUUUGCUUUAUCUGCUCAAGCACUUUCCACCAUAUUUUAUUUUAGGAUUUUUAUUUUUAUCUUCCACAGCUGGAUAUUGCUAUUUCACUUUUAUUUCACAUGCAGCUUUAAGAGGUAUGAGCAUCAGCACAGCAAAAUGGUUCCAGCCUACAGAAUGUGGUCUCCCAGGGCCCUGCCAGGAACAGAUCUGUAUGUCUGACCCUACAAAUGAAAAAUGGUAAUUCCCUUCUAUUUUAGCUCUUAAUUAGUUGUGUUCACUGUUUCCGAAUAUACCUGUGGCUAAGUUUUUAUUGAAACACUCAAAAGUACCACUUCUCAGUCUGAACACAAUUGCUAAGAGCCUAUUUUGGCUCUGAACUUUGGUCGACCUGUGUGCCUUGUUAGUUCUAUCCAGCAGCUGGUGAGUAAGCAAAUGAUCCUUCGAUUUCCUCUUGUCUUUCCUCUGACCUCUAAUGUGACUUAAUUUUUCUUAAUGCCUCCAAGUCAUCAAGGGCUUAAUAAUUUAUGAAUUUUACAAAAAGCAUUUAAGGAACAAGAGACAGGUUCUGUGAUUUUUCAGACUCUGAAAAUUCAUUUUGAUUGUACAUAUUCCAUAAAUAUACUGGAUUGAAUGCUAGAGUGAAGAAAGCCUUCCAGACAAUUCUCCCAGUACAUUCAUUUCUUCAUUCAUUUGUUCAUUCAGUAGUUAUGGAGUGUUUAUUUCCUGGGGGCCUGGCUCUAGGCUAUGUGCUGAGGCACAGUAGGCAGGAUCUCUCCCCUCCUCACAACACCCUCUUCACUCUCCACCCCACCCCCUACUACUCACCCUCACCCUGGCAAGGAGCUUAGUGCUAAUAAGGGAGAAUCUUACCUGAAUAGCAAUCACCCAGAUUAAACAGUGGAGACAGUAAUGCAAUGCAGGAAGUUAAGUUUUUAAAGGCGAUUCUGUGCAGUAAGGUAUAAAAGUGAUAUAUAAUAAAUAGUCUAGCUAUAGUCUAACAUCUCUUUAGAAUUACACAGUUAAAAAGAAAAAAAAACACCAAAAUAAGAUAAAUUAAAACAAAUUUCUGCAAAAUAAGACCCAUUAUCAUGGCCUAAAGAAAGCUAUGUACUUGUGCUAUCUAAAGCGCUACUUUGUAAAGAUGACUAUCACUAUCAAGAUUGUAAAUACAAAAUUUUUAAAUGUUCUUAAAUUUUCGGGAAGAAUAUCCAUGUUUCAGAGGGAAUAUUUACUUUCUAUUUCAGUGGCUUGAAAUACAACAUUUUGGCUUAAGUGUCUUUUAUCAGUACUUUGAUAAGACACCUUAAUCUUAAGAGAGAAAAAAUUAAGUACUGUAUAUAGGUGUAAUUUGUUUCUCACAAUGAUUGUGCAAAAAGUCACGUGUAAAUGGAACUUUUGUAAAUCAAAUUGUAUUUUAAAUGCAUUAGAGGAGCUUCCAUUUAGAGGAAACUUGUGAAUUCUUUCAUAAAGUGUAAAACCAUUUUAUAAUACAAAUAACCAUUCUCUAAUUUAUCUGUUUUGUAUUUUUGGAUUUUCAAUAUCAACUUUGCUUAAAACAGAGCCCACCUGCAUAGUAACUGUGUUUUGCCAAGGCUGCUCAGGUUACCAGUUUCUUGGUGGCUAAGGGUUUGUGUUUGAAAGUCUGCUGAAGUUUAGUGUGAAUUAGGCUUUCGAGCAAUGCUAUGACAGCACAGUAGCAGUCCUGAAGAGUCCAAGUAGCCAGCCCAUUUCAACACAAUUGAACACAGGACUCUUCUGCUCAGCAGCAUCUCCUUUCUCAGAUAUGGCCACGUUACAGUAGAGUGUAGAAUGACUCCUUUAUUCAUAUUCCAUAAAGUGCUUAGAGUCACAGGUUUUAUAAUAAAGUAUGUUAUUAUGUAAACAUAUUGAAUUGCAUGUAUGUUGAAAUUUUUCAGCAGUACUUUAGCUUGAAAGUACUUGUACAAAUACUGUUAGAUUUAGUUGCAAAUAAUUGUUCUCAAGUUAUUGGAAUAAAUGUCAAAUGAAACAA